AUGUGGAGGGAUAGUUGUGCGCGGUUGUUUGCUGAAUGUUACAAACCUGCACUUAGUUGGGAAGCAAACCUUGAUAGGCGCCCAGAAGGCAUGCCGAUAGAGCAAUGGGCUUCUUUUCUAACUUACCGUCUGAAGGAGGAAACAAUGAAAAUGUCUGAAACGAAUGCCUUAAAUAGACAAAAACAAUCUAUACCGCACACGCUUGGCACAAAGACCAUUGCAAGGAAGAGGCAUGAGCUGGCAGGUGCCGUUCUUUGUGUAUUUUUAAUGCUGAUUUGUUCUUCAUCAAGCUUGUUUUUCCUGUGCUUGCUGGUACCUGGUUGUGCUGAAAUUUAUGUGCUUCAAAAUUGUUUCGAAGAUGUUGCUGCUACUGAUAUUGAAACUGGCCGAUCGUAUAGUAGAGCGGAAAUGUACUCCAUUUCACACAAGAAAAGUGAUGACUCUUUUGUAAAUGGAGAAGCAAAACAAAAGAGUGAUUUAUUGGAGAAGGAACUUGAAAAGAAUUGUUCUGAAGAGGCUGCCUAUGUUAGGAAAGAUCGCUCAGGAUACGUGAGAGGCAUGGGCUUUGGUGUUUGUCCAUCUCAAGUGUUGGAAUUUGCUAGCAGCUCUAGUAGCUCGCAAUUUGCUGGCAUCACAUUGGGUGAAUGGAAUGCUAUGAAAUCAGAAUUGCAGGAGAGCAAUGCGAAAUUUCAAGCUUUAGAGGAACGAAUGAAUUCUUUCAUGCAACAGUUUGGAGAUCAAGGGACACCUAACCAGGUCAAUUUGUCAUGA